AUGGCCUACACAAACAGCGUGCUCGACGCGCCGAGUGACACAGACAUUGAGUUCACCAUCCAGCAGGAUGGCAGUCUGCAAGAAGACACUGCCCGCAAAAGCCUGACUCUGACGUUCCAAAACUUGACCGUCAAUGUCAAGGCUGCAGAAGAGGCUCUCGGCGCGACGCUGCUGUCCUACGUCGAUCCUCGCCAGCUGCUUGUUCCAUUUAUGAAAGACAAAACUCCCAGCAGGAGCAUUCUUCGUAACGUGAACGGGCAGAUCUCUCCCGGUGAAAUGCUUCUCGUUCUUGGUCGUCCUGGCUCUGGCUGCACGUCGCUUCUCCGUGUGCUGUCGAACCACCGCGAGUCCUUUGACUCGGUCGAGGGCCAUACGUGGUACGGAAGCAUGGACCACAAUGAAGCCCGCAAAUAUCGUCAACAGAUCAUGAUGAACACAGAAGACGAUGUCCAUUUCCCCACCCUCACUGUCGACGAGACUAUCAGUUUUGCAGUCAAGAACAGGACGCCCCGCGAGCGAGAAGAUCAUGUCAAAGACAAGCGCCAGUUUCUCAGCCACACCAAAGAGGGCGUUCUCGGUGCUCUAGGAAUCAGCCACACCGCAAACACUAAGGUUGGCAACGAGUUUAUUCGCGGCGUAUCAGGAGGAGAGAGGAAGCGGGUGUCCCUGGCCGAAGUGCUAGCCGGACAGAGCCCUGUACAGUUCUGGGACCAGCCGACCCGUGGUCUCGACUCGAAGACCGCCUUGGAGUUUAUUGAGUUCCUUAGGGCCGAAGCAGAUCAGCGGAGGAAGACUAUUGUCGUGACUACCUACCAGGCCAGCAACGGCAUCUUUGACAAGUUCGACAAGGUCCUCGUCUUGGCCAGCGGCUGUGUUAUCUACUACGGCCCACUCAACCAGUCUCGCCGCUACUUUGAGGCGCUAGGUUUUGUCUGUGCAAAGGGCGCCAACACGGCCGACUUCCUUACGUCUGUCACCGUGCUUACGGAACGCAUUAUCGCAGCCGGAUUCGAAGGCAAGGUCCCGAGCACGGCCUAUGAAUUCGAGGAGGCAUACCAAAACAGCCAGAUACACCGAGUUAUGCAGGACAUCCAAAAACCGAUACACUCUCUCGAAAAGGAAGUAGAUCAUCUCAAAGAGGCCGUCCGGCGAGAGAAGAAGGCUCGGUACUACGACAAGAACAGAAGCGUGUACACGUCAGGUCUCGUUAGUCAGGUUCUCAACUGCACGGUUCGACAAUUUCAGAUCAUGAUGGGGGAUCGGCUUUCCCUCAACGUCAAGGUUUUAUCUGCAAUGGUCCAGGCUUUGGUCUGUGGCAGUCUCUUUUACAACCUCUCCGACACCAGUAAAUCAACGUUCUUGCGCCCUGGUGUUCUAUUCUUUGCUGUUCUCUACUUUCUGAUGGAGGCCAUGUCGGAAACCACUGCCUCCUUCACGGGCCGCCCUAUCCUCGCUCGCCAUAAGCGCUUUGGCUUCUAUCGUCCAACGGCUUUCUGCAUUGCCGAUGCCCUCACCGAUAUUCCUGUUGUGAUGCUUCAGAUUACGUUAUUUGCAAUGAUCAUCUACUUCAUGUCCGGUCUCCAGAUGGAUGCAGGGAAAUUCUUCACGUAUUGGGUCAUCGUCAAUGCGAGCACCCUGACCUUCACUCAGCUCUUCCGGAUGGUGGGCGCAUUGUGCACCAACUUUGGUACGGCUUCGCAGCUGACCGGCGUCCUCUCCACCAUUUGUUUUGUUUACGGAGGGUAUUUGAUUCCGUUCGAGAAAAUGCACCCUUGGUUCCGUUGGAUAUUCUAUCUCAACCCCGGAGCCUACGCAUUUGAAUCGCUCAUGGGAAACGAGUAUGGUGGCUUGAAGCUCAAGUGUGUGGCUCCUCAGAUGGUUCCGUUUGGAAUCAUGUACGACAACUUGGGAAGUUCUUUCCACGGAUGCACGGUUGCUGGAAGUGAUGCCGACGGCAUAAUUGACGGCCUGGUGUACAUCAGAGAGCAGUACUCGUACUCCGAGGGCCACAUUUGGCGUGGCUUUGGUGUUCUCAUUGGUCUCUGGAUCACUUUCAUCGCCGUCACAGCUCUCGGAUUUGAAUUUCGGAACGGUCACAACGGCUCGUCUGUUCUUCUCUACAAACGCACCAUCUUGGACAAAUCUCGGCCGAAGGACGUCGAAGAAGCAGUUACAACUGUAGAAAAGACAUAUUCUGCCCCUCCAUCACAAGCAGUCAAGCAGUCUGUGUUUUGCUGGCAUGAUCUGGACUACUUUGUUCAGUACGAGGGCGCUCAGAAGCAGCUUUUGAACAAGAUCUUCGGCUAUGUCCAGCCCGGAAACCUCGUCGCCCUGAUGGGUUGCUCUGGUGCUGGGAAGACAACCCUUCUGGACGUAUUGGCCCAACGGAAGGAUUUCGGGACAAUUAACGGGUCUAUUCUGAUUGACGGGAAGCCUCAAGGCUUGAGCUUCCAGCGCAUGACCGGAUAUUGCGAGCAGAUGGAUGUUCACGAAGACACAUCCACUGUCAAGGAAGCCCUUGUCUUCUCUGCUCUCCUCCGCCAGCCUCGCGAAGUGCCCAUCAGUGAAAAACUGGCCUAUGUCGAAUACAUAAUCGACCUGCUAGAGCUGCGCAACUUUUGUGACGCUCUCAUCGGCGUGCCUGGUGCUGGCCUCAGUAUUGAACAGCGAAAGCGUGUGACCCUCGGUGUCGAGCUUGUAGCCAAGCCGACCUUGUUGUUCUUGGACGAGCCAACCUCUGGGCUUGAUGGUCAAUCUGCCUACAACAUCAUCCGUUUCCUUCGCCGUCUUGUCGAGGGUGGCCAGGCUGUUUUGUGCACCAUUCACCAACCUUCGGCCGUCUUAUUUGAAGCCUUUGACGCCCUUCUACUUUUGGCCAAGGGGGGUAGAAUGGCCUACUUCGGAGAGACUGGAAAAGACUCUUCCGUUGUUCUGGACUACUUCGCACGAAACGGAGCACCUGCUGGCGCUGAUGUUAAUCCUGCCGACCACAUUGUUGAAGUCAUCCAAGGGAAAGGCAAGGAUGAUGUAGACUGGGUUGCUACUUGGAGCGAGUCUGCAGAACGGAAAGAGGCACUCAACACCCUCAAUUCACUUGUUGCGCGAUUUGAUGCCACCGCAACAUCUGAAAACGAUACAAGGGAGUUCGCUUCGACAAAAUGGUACCAGUUUACUCUCGUUUUAGAAAGGCUUAUGAACCAACUUUGGAGGUCACCUGACUACAUCUGGAACAAAAUCGUACUACACGUAUUUGCUGCCUUGUUCGGAGGGUUUACGUUCUGGAACAUCGGAAACGGCACAUUCGACUUGCAGUUGCGCCUGUUUGCGAUUUUCAACUUGAUCUUCGUGGCUCCCGGAUGUAUCAAUCAAAUGCAGCCAUUUUUCUUGCACAACCGUGACCUGUUUGAGACUCGAGAGAAGAAGUCUAAAACGUACCACUGGCUGGCCUUCAUCGGCGCUCAGAUUGUGUCUGAGAUCCCGUACCUUGUUAUCUGCGCUACUGCGUACUUUGGUUGCUGGUAUUUUACUGUGGGAUUCCCAGUGACAGCAAAGACCUCCGGUCACAUUUACUUACAGAUGAUUCUCUACGAGUUUUUGUAUACUUCCAUUGGCCAGGCCAUUGCAGCCUAUGCUCCGAAUGUGUACUUUGCCGCCAUCACGAACCCUCUUCUCAUUGGCUGUGGUCUCAUCUCCUUCUGCGGUAUUGUUGUACCUUACGCAUCCAUGCAGACCUUUUGGAAAUACUGGAUCUACUACCUCGACCCUUUCAAUUAUCUCAUGGGUGGGCUCCUUGCACCAGUGUUGUGGGACGUCAAUGUUAAGUGCGGCAAAAAGGAGUUGACGACUUUCAAUCCGCCAAGUGGACAGACCUGUGGCCAAUACAUGGCUGAUUUCCUGCAGUCCAACGCCGGCUAUGUCAACAACGCCAGUGCUACUUCCAACUGCGAAUACUGCCCAUACCAAACUGGGGCUGAUUACGCCAAAACGUUCAACUUGCGCAAAGAAUAUUACGGGUGGAGAGAUACUGGCAUCACUGCUCUCUUCUGCCUUUCUUCGUAUGCUCUUGUCAUCAUCAUGAUGAAGCUGCGGAGUAAAAAGACUAAGAGUGCACGCUCGGAGUAG